AUGGACGCUACCAGUGAUGAUAUAUCACUAGAAAAGCAACUGGAUGCGGACCCGGAGAAGCUUAUCAAGCCGUGGAAACUUCCCCCUCGGAAGUCAUACGUCUUCACCAACGCCACCGUGGUUGAUCCUGUUGCAGGCAGCCUCAUCCGUAACGCCUGGGUCAAGAUCUCCGAUGGGCUGAUCGUGUAUGUCAAAUACUCUCACGGACCAUCGCCACUGGUCGAGGUCGAGGUCGAAGAGGGAAGUACCAUCAUAGACUGCACCGGGCUGUAUCUCUGUCCGGGUCUCAUAGACGCGCACGUGCAUCUCACGGCGGUUCCGGGCUCGGCGUCCCUGGACGGCAGCAUGGGCGACGAUGCGGCCGUGAGCCAUUUCCGACAGCCCUACGUGGCCAGCCAGAGCCUGAAGCGCGGCUUCACAAGCUUGCGCGACUGCGGCGGUGCGACGCUGGCCCUCAAGGAGGCCAUCGCCGACAACGUGUUCCCGGGCCCGCGGCUGUUCAUCGCCAACCGGGCACUGAGCCAGACCGGCGGACAUGGCGACCGCCGGGGCCCGCACAACAAAUCCGCGCCCUCAUGCUGCGGCGGCCUCAGCGUCGUGGUCGACGGCGUGGACGAGUGCAUCCGGGCGGCGCGGGAGCAGCUCCGCACCGGCGCCGACUUCGUCAAGAUCAUGGUGGGCGGAGGCGUCGCGAGCCCGAGCGACCGGCUCAGUAAUACGCAGUUCACGUCGGCGGAGAUCCGGGCCAUCGUCGAGGUCGCCGAGUCCUACGGCACCUUUGUCACGGCGCACGCGUACACGCCGCGCGCGAUACGGCACGCCGUGUCCGCCGGCGUCCGCGGCAUCGAGCACGGCAACCUCGUCGACGCCGACGCCGCCCGCCUCAUGGCCGAGCGCGGCGUCUGGCUCACCCCCACCCUCGUCACCUACGAGGCCAUGGCCGACGCCGACAAGUACGCGGGCUUCCUCCCGCCUGAGAACGCCGCCAAGAACAGGGAGGUCCUGGAGAAGGGGCUCGAGAGCCUGCGCAUCGCGCGCGAUGCCGGCGUCAAGAUGUGCUAUGGCAGCGACCUCCUGGGCCCGCUGACGGCCGAGCAGAGCGGGGAGUUCGCGAUUCGGAGGAGAGCGCUGGGAAAUGUCGAGGUCCUGAGGGCAGCGACGGUCAAUCCCGCCGAGAUGCUGGGCCAGGAAGAGUUUCUGGGCCAGAUAAGAGACGGGUUUGCGGCAGAUCUGCUGGUAUUGAAUGUCGAUCCGCUGGAGGACAUCACGGUCCUGGCGACGCCACAGAAGCACCUAUUAGCUGUCGUCAAGGACGGCAGGGUCUGGGAAAGUCGGUGGAGGGCGUUGCCUGUUGAUGUCAGGGAGCCGAGUGAUUGGAUUCAGUAG